GACAUUCCCCGGGGCGCUCACGGGGACAUUCUCGGGGACUUUCACGGGGGCGCCGGUGGGUCCCGAGCCCUCCGCGAGGUCCGGAGGCCGUGAGGGGAGGUUGAGCGAGGUCAGGAGCGCCCCCGCGGCGCGCGCGGAACGAUCGUGCGCGAGCGGAACGUUCGUGCGGGCCCGCGUUUUCCCCGGCCGUGAGGGAGGGACCAAAAUGGCGGCGCCCAGCGCCGGGGGAGCGGCGGCGGCGGGGGCGAACCGAGGGCGGCCGCCCCCCGUCACCCCCCGGCAGAUCCGCGACCUCAUCGACGGCGGCAUCGCCAGCGAGGGCCCCGGGCCCGGCGGGAAAGACACAUCCGACUGCUCGGAGAAAGCCAACGGGCCUUCCCAAAUGGAGGCUCUUUCCCUGGAGUCUGCCAGCAGGGAAGCCUAUUUCAGCAGAGUGGAGACCUUCACCCCGCUGCGGUGGGCGGGCAAGCCGCCCUCGCUGUCCCCUCUGGUGUGCGCCAGGUUCGGCUGGCUCAGCGUGGAGUGUGACAUGCUGCGCUGCUCCAGCUGCCAGGCCUACCUGUGCGCCAGCCUGCAGCUCGCCUUCGACCUCAGCAGCUACAAGGAGCGCUGUGAGGAGCUCAGGAAGGCCCUGAGCACUGCCCACGAGAAGUUCUGCUUCUGGCCAGACAGCCCCUGCCCAGAUCGCUUUGCCAGGCUGCUGGUGGACGAGCCCAGGGUCCUUCUCCAGGACUUCCUGGAGCGCUUCCAGAGCCUGUGUCAGCUGGAGCUGCAGCUGCCCUCCCUCAGACCAGAGGACCUGAAGAACAUGUCACUGACAGAGGAAAGGAUCUCUCGGCUCCUCCAGCUUGUCAGGGAGGAGCUGGAGCACAAAGGAACAGAGGGGGAGAAGCCUGCCGGGAAGUUUUCCACGGAAAUCCUGCAGGUGCACGUUCCUGCCUGUAUCCUGGCGCUGUGUGGCUGGACCUGCAGCGCCGCCUCCGGCUCCAUGAACCUCUCCGUGAUCACCUGCUCGCGCUGCAUGAGGAAGGUGGGGCUGUGGGGCUUCCACCAGCUGGAGUCUGCUGCAGCUGCAGAGGCGGAUUCCUGCGGCUCCAGCGGCGCCCCCGAGCGCUUCCCGCCCGUCCCCACGUCCCCACGGAGGAUGCUGACGCGCAGCCAGGACCCAGGGUCUGAGCAGCAGCACGAGAAGAGCCCAUCCCCAGCUGUGUCCCGCCCGCGGGGUUGGGAUUCUCCCGGCUCCAUGGACCGGGGCGAGCUGGACGUGACCAGCCCGGCCCUGAGGAGCCGCCCCGUGACCCGGAGCAUGGGACAGGGGGACAACAUGGAGGUGCCAUCCAGCCCCGUCCGCAGGGCCAAGCGGGCACGGCUCUGCUCCUCCGGCAGCUCGGACACUUCCCUGAGGAGUUUCUUCCACCCCGGCUCUCAGCACCGCGAUUGGUGUCCCUGGGUCAGCACCGGGGAGGGAGAGGAGUCCCUGGAAGAUGCUGCAUCCCAGACGGACAAGGAGCCUGGCAAGGCCGAGCCAGGCUGGGAAGUGGUGCUGAAGAGGCUCCUUGGCAUCCAAAAAUGUGACACAGUGCCCGAAACAGAGCCAGUGAGCCUCUCGGAGAAGUCCUGCAAGGUGUUCCGCAUUUUCCGGCAGUGGGAGAGCAUGAACUCCUCCUGAGCAGGGCUCUGCCUCUGCAAACCAGCACAGGGCAUCGGGAGGGACCCGAACCUCCCCGUGGCUCCUGCGGGAAGGGGAUCCCAGGAAGCUCCGUGGCAAACGGAGCCCCCCGGCCACGCUGGCAUCCCCCUCCCCUUGCUGAAGCCUUCACACGCUGCUGCUGCUGUCCCUGGCCCUGUCCAGAGCCGGGGUGUGCCCAGGGGACACCGUCCCCUCCCGAGGUGUCCGUGGUGUCCCGCCGGAGGUGACGCCAGGUGGGAAUAAACAUUUCAUUUUUUGUUGUUUUUUCUUUUUUC